UUAAAAUCUCACAAUACAGAGAGAGAAAAAAUAGUAAAAUAACUAAAGUAUAUAAUUAGUUCAUUGAAAAAUAAUACAAGUUUAGCAUUUUCAACAAAGGUUUUCAUGGAACAAUGCCAUGCGUCGUUCGUGCAAAUAUCUUCUUCUGUGGCGCCAUGAGUUAACCACUGUUUCACAACCAGUCACCAUUCUUAAAUCUUAUGUUUUCCUUCACCUCCACCACGUGAUUGUGGGACCCACACACGCGCCUUGGCAUUCUCGCUUCGCUUCUUCUAUCUAUGGCGGAAACCGACCCUUCCUGGGUGCUCCGCAACCUCACCCGNGUUUCCACCCAAAUNUCGUACCUCUCNUCCUUCAAGCCCAUCAUCAGGACUCAAUGCUGCGACCUCGCUCGCCGCAUACGCUUCCUCGCUCCUCUCUUCCUCGAAUUGCAUGACAACGUCGAGUUGACUGGUGCCGUUUCCUUCCACGCACUUCAGGAAGCGCUCUUCAAGGCCAGGGAUUUGCUCCAAUUCGCCACCACUGCAAGCCAGGUUUUCAUGAUACUGGACAGAGAGCAAGUUAAGCACAGGUUCACAGAUGUUGCUGUUCGUUUUGAACAAGCUAUGAGCAAGAUCUCCUUUGAUGAGCUUGAUGUUUCUGAAGAAAUCAAGGAACAGGUUGCACUUGUGAUCACUCAGUUUAGAAGAGCUAAAGAGCAGUUUGAUCCACCGAGUCUUCAGCUUUAUGAACAACUUUUGUCUGUUUACAACCAGAGCUAUGAUGUGAACACUGAAACUGCUGAACUACGUUCAAUCUGUGAAAAGCUACAAUUUAUCAAUGUGGAUGAUGUCAAGCAAGAGUCACUUGUUCUAGAAAAGAUGGGCGGAGAGAGGUGGGAUCAUUCUCAGAAAAGGAUACAGGAUAUGUCGUUGGUUGUGCUGAAAAAAAUCCAAGAUUUCUUAAUGGUGGAAUCAGGAAACAUUAUUGUGUCACCNAGUGAGGAUAUAUCUCGACAUACUGAUGAGUCAUAUGUGAAAUCNUGUANGCAAUCANUGGUUAUACCUGAUGAGUUUCGCUGUCCAAUAUCUCUAGAGCUAAUGAAAGAUCCUGUUAUCAUUUGCACAGGGCAGACAUAUGAACGAUCUUGUAUAAAGAAAUGGCUUGAAGCAGGGCAUGGAACGUGUCCCAAGACUCAACAGAUUCUUUCCACGCCCAUCCUCAUACCCAACCAUGCUUUAUAUGGCCUGAUAUCUAGUUGGUGUGAGGCAAAUGGAGUGGAACCACCUAAAAGGUUAGGGAAUUUAUGGCUCUGUAAGACAACAUCGGAUGGAUCUUCUGAAUUAGUAGAUCUUGAUAUCUUGGUGAGCAAACUUUCUUCCAGAGGCCCUUCAUUAUCAAAAAUUCAAUACCGCACCACUGGUCCUACAGCUGUCUGGUAUAAUUUUCUGUUGAGUUUCUUCAGCAGUUAGGCACAUUAUGACCAUAAAAUCAAAUUGGUUCCUCGAUAUGCUGGUAUGUGUUAAUCUACCACAAUUUACUUUUUCCCUUAGUUUCAUAACGUGGACCCAAAACACAAGUUUGGCUCCUAUCCUAUCUAGUUUGCUUAGUUUUGUAAUUGUAUGUCUCUUUUAUUCUUGUAAAUAGGUACCAAAGUUCUUUUUGGUACUCCAUUUUACAUUUUCUUAGGCCUCAUUUUUGCGUUGAACAACUUCAAAACUUUUACAUAUCUAACUUAAAUAUUUUCAUCCUCUAAUUGUUCG